UACUCCAAAUAACGUAUAUCUUUAUGACGAUUCCUUUAUUCUCUUUUUCCAGGCGAUUUUCGGUGCAUUUAUGAAAUGGCCAAGUUUAUCAUUUCUGAACGGUAUCUAUAGUAUCAUUUUGUUAUUCCUCGGUUUCAUAUUUCCGGAGACACCAUAUUUUCUUCUGAUGACGGACACGCCUGAAAAAACUGAAAUGACUUUGAGGAAAUUCAGAUCGGUCCAUUACGAUGUUGAAGCAGAAAUGGACACGUUGUUGGAAUUCAAGGCGGAUAACAGACUUCGUAGAUUAUGUUUGAAGGAGCAGUUACAAUUAUUGUUCAGUAAAUCAGCCUGCAAACCAUUCUGGACAAUAGUUACUUAUAUAAUAAUAUCGCAGUUAGUCGGAGUUAAUCUUGUAUUGAUGUGGACUAUCGAGAUGUUGGAUGAGUCCAAGUCGAGUAUUAACCCCGAUGUGAGCAAUAUUACACUAGGUUUUGCAAGGCUUAUCGUUGGCGUCGGCACUUCAUUUUUAAUGUUAAAAGUGGGUCGAAGAUUUUUGGCAUUAGUAUCGAGUUUGGGUGUGUUUGGCGCGUUUUUAAUAUUUGGAAUAUUUAUUAUAUACAAUACGCAACCGAGUGUAAUGCCUUUUAUCUUCUUUCUCGCUUAUAUUGCAUUCUCAACUAUUGGUUAUUAUCCUCUGCCAAUGCUUCUUAUAUUUGAACUGUCACCUUUGCAAAUUCGUGGUAUAGUUGGAGGUCUGGGAAUAGCAACAUUGAAUGGCACAACAUUUGCUGUUAACGCGAUUUAUUUACCUGUUCGCAGUGUUAUUGGAUUUGCUAAUGUAAUACUAGCAUUUAGUAUUUUAUCUUUAUUAGGUUCCCUUUACGUCUAUUUUUACUUGCCGGAGACCAAAGAUUUGACGCUGCAAGAAAUUGAGGAGUUCUACAACGAGAGACGUCCGACGCUGACGUCGCAACGCCGCAUCCGCUCGAUGCAGGCGUUGUCUCGUCAGCUCGGCAGCGCUGAGAGCAGAUCCCUCAUGAGAAUCAAAUCCAAGAGCUUUGCCAGAUAAGAUUCAUGAUCUAAGCAGCGUGACGUAUUUGGGAAUGAUGUUGCAAAUAAACUUUUUGUAAAAAUA